GGCGGCGAAGUGAACUGCGAGUGCAGCAGUGAGUUCUGCCACGAAACGAGUCAUUUUGACAACGUCUCUGAUUGUGGGGUUUUCUUUGGGGACGAUGUCAGCGUAAUUUCAUGAUUUUUAAGGAGUCAGACGAUUCCCUGAAAAACAAUUCACACCUGGAUUAUUUACAGAGUUCUUUAUAAAGAGGAAACAAUCUGGAUAAAGAACCAAGGACGGAAUUUGGCGGAAUUUGCAGUUUGUUUUUAUUUUUUUGUAUAUUGAAUAUAUGAAAUAAUCCGACUCCUGAUUUGGAGAUUACCAUUAUUUACUAACUUGUCAGGUUGAUAAUCCCGGGAUUGACUUGUAAUCCCAUUUCCCACCGUCAUGGAUUUGAUGUGGAAAACUCUGCUCGCACUGUUGCUCAUCGUAUGUCGACUGAAACUGUCCGUGUCCACGAUUUUAGAGUCCAUUUACUGGAACACGUCAAACACAAAGUUUGUACCUGGCAAAGGCAUCACCUUGUACCCUCAGAUCGGGGACAAAAUGGACAUUGUGUGUCCCCGACUCAGGCCUGGCCAGAGCGCUAGCACCCGUAUCGAAUAUUUCCGUGUGUACCUGGUCACACAGGAACAGCUUGAGAGCUGCAGGGUGGAGAAGGACAACGUGGCGCUGCUGAACUGCGACAAGCCAGACCAAGAUGUCAAGUUCACCUUCAAGUUUCAGGAAUUCAGUCCCAACCUGUGGGGCCUUGAGUUUUUUAAAGGCAAAGACUACCAUGUUAUCUCUACAUCAAACAGCACAUUAGAAGGCCUGGAUAACAUGGAUGGCGGUGUGUGCAAAACCAAUUCCAUGAAGCUGGUGCUCCGAGUGGGACAGAGUCCUAGUGAUGCAGUCUCAGAGAAAGAACAUCCUAAACACUCAGACAGCGACCACCAGAGCACCUCCAGCAAAGACAACGAUGUGCUCAGCAAAGUCGAACAAGACAGAAAUGGUGGCGAGUCUGUGGGUGUGUCUGGCUCAGAGGUGGCCCUGUUCACCGGAGUGGCCUCAGGAGCCUUCGUCUUGGUGGUUCUCGUCAUCGUGGUUCUGGUGGUGUUCACACGUCGCCGCCGCCGCCGCAAGCAGGCGGCUCAGUGUUCAGCCCCACUGGCGCUGCACCCCAUCCCCAAGCGCAACAACAACAACAACGGCUCGGAACGUAGCGACAUCAUCUUCCCACUGCGAGCCUCCGACAGCUACUACUGCCCCCACUACGAGAAGGUGAGCGGGGAUUAUGGCCACCCAGUCUACAUUGUCCAGGAAAUGGAGCCCCAGAACCCAGCAAAUGUUUACUACAAAGUCUGAACUAAUCAGAACCUUUGAGCCUCAUCCAAGACUGAAAAGAAGUUCUCAAUCGAGAGAUUGAUUGCUCAGAAUAAAUGAAUCAGAAAUAAAUGACUCUUGGAAAGAAGCCAUCAACUGUCCAGGAGCACUGAAAGCCCCGGAACGGUCUGAAUCACUGUCUGGGUUGGGGAAUUACUGCUUCUAAAACAUGGACGCCGUGUGAUUUGUAUCAGUCCGGGACUGAAAGCUUUGAGGCUGUAAGUGUCGACUGAGAGCUUGUGCUCAAGUUUCAGCCUGGCUGUAGAAAAGAAACAUGCUCCUGGCUCAAGCCAGUGAAUCAGAGACAAAUGACUCUUGGAACGAAGUGAGGACUUUCUCUCAGCUCUCCAGUCAACACUUUAAUUCAUUAUGGCACACUGAGGUGCUACAGUAUCGAUUCAUGACGGCGUCUUGCUCAGGGGAGGAAAACGGAGCCAAACCCGCACAGACCUGUAGAAACAAAAUCCACAGAUUUACAUCCUGAAAAAAAAAAAAACUGAGUUAGGGCAAUAACUUUCAAGCUACAUAAUCAUUACCCAUUUGUGGGAGGUUUACAUUUUACUUCUUGUACCUCUUCUCAGUCUCAGGGCAGAAAAAUUAUGAUUGGAGAUCUGCAACGGUCAAUGAAAUGGAGACGCUGCAAAAAUUUACUGUUUUCAUUUUCUUUUUGAUAUAAAUUGCAAAGUUGCGCUAAUUCCCUAAGUGAACCUGCUUUUUUUCACUUGUAGACGUUUUUCUGAUACAUAUUUCCUUCCUCAUUUGGAUCUGUUUAGACAGGAAGUUCUCCUGAGGAACUAAUGAGUGACCUCUUGAGUUCUUAACUUAAAUCCAACAAGAACCUCGAGCAGUUUCUAAAGAAAUGUUGACGUAAAUAAAGUUCAGAGUAUGUGUUUAUAAUUGCUCAGCUUUAAAAAUCUUUUGUUGUUUAGCUACAUAAACUAGGCAGACAACAGAAACUUAGUCUUACCUUGGAAUUGUGUUUUGUUUGUACUUUGCAAAACUGCAUUUUUUCGUUAAACGAAAUUGAGCUGCAAAUGAAGAACAAGGAAUAUUCACCAAAAAAAAUCAUGUUUGACCUCUCUUACAAAAACAUUUGUUUAAAUUCAAAAUACUUUCCAUAAUUUGAUCAAAAGAAAAAUAUAACAAUUUGGGAAACUUAACCUUGUAGAACUGUUUGGAAGCAACAAACCAAAAAACUUAGCUAGAGAUAACCAUUCAUAAAAUAAAAACACAAUUUCUUGCACAAUUUUUUUCAAUAAAAUAUGUGUUGAAAUUUGAUCUAAAUGUUUUGUUUUUAUUUUAUCUCCCAUCCCAAAAUCCUUAGCAGUGAAAAACACUAGCCUUUUAAAAGUUUAUUUUAUUUUGGAACUAUGUUACUUGACGAAAACUGACCAAACAACAACAAAACAAGAAAACGAGUCAGCGCUAAACACCAGUAUCAUACAUUACCAUUUUUGGAGAACUAGCCUUGCUUUUCUGCCCUGAGAUGAGAUUUAUCUUAAAUGAAUAACCCCCCAUCCCCUCCCAGGCCCUUCUUAACAUGUUCAAGCAAACUACAACCUUAAAGUCUAGUUCUAUAAUGGAUAAUAUUAUAUUUGACAGUCGGAGAAGCAGAAGGUUAUGGGAGCAGAUCUGUUGGCGUGCACUCCGUCAACAAAGCUUGAAUGUUCAGGAAAAAUGAGAGGCUUUAAGUCUUAGCGAAUUUGCAUCACAAGCCAGUUUGGUUGUCUGGUAAAGCAUGAAGAUUGAGUCAUAAUUUUGGACGCCAUGCAGAAGCAUGUUGAUGGUAAAGCUGGAAGAGAAAUGUUUUCUGCAUCCCUUAAUGCAUAUCAGGUUCCUGCUGCUUCUCCUCCAUAUGUUGUUUCUGCAUCAGGGUGUCUGACACAUUUAGCACGAUUUUCAGACUGCAUGUGGUUCUGGAUCUCGCUGCCUUGGGCGUCUUGUCAUGGACUUUUAAUCAACACAUAAAAGACAUGUCCUCUUUGUUUACCCAGAAAUGUAAAUACUACCUAAAGCCUUUUUUGUCAUAAAUUAUGUUUUAAGUUAUGGUUUGUAUAGAUCCAUAAAGAAGAUUGUUUCUUAUUUCCUUCC